AACGACACUGAUAGGAAUUGGAGAAGAACUAGGAAAGUUGGGAAGCAAGCAAAAAUCGGGGUGUGACUGAGAGACCGGCAUGGCAACGUGUCUUCUUCGCGUUGGGAGAUUUGCGAGUAUCGAUUCGCGCUCUCUCUUCGUUUCCACUGCUAGUUUCUCCUCUUCUUUCUCUUCGCCGUCAUCUUCCGGUAAGUCUAAGACGGGGAAGAAGCUCACGGAUCGUCUUUCCUCCGUCAUCGACGCCGUCAACGAUCGCAAACUACCUCCCGAGCUACGCGGCCAGCACAACAACGUCAGGUCAGAAACUGACAUGAUCAAUGUUGUUGAGCAAAGAAUAUGGCAUUCCAUGGAAGAGGGCCAGUUUGAGAACUUGCCAGGCAAAGGCAAGCCGCUUAAGCUUGACACAAAUCCUCAUGCGGAUCCAGCUGAAGACACCCUGUACCGCAUCCUGUUGAAAAAUGGAUGUGCGCCAGAGUGGGUUGAGCUUAACAAAGAGAUUAGAUCUAAAAUAUCUGAAUGGAGGAAGUCCUUGAAGAAAGCUUGGGCUACUAAGUGCAGUGGUGAUCACUCUGAGUGGGUUGAAAGUACAGAGGCUUUAAAAUCACAGUUACGAGAAAUCAACGAUAAGCAGGUUUUCCGGUAUAACCUUAUUGUGCCUUUUGGUCGGCAAAUGUUUGGCCUUAAGUGGGAGAAAGAGCUAGGUUACUUAGAAGAAAAGUGAGAAUCAUUGUUGUUUUUUAAAUUUGAGCCAGUUGGUUCACUAUAUUAGAAGAUGAAAAUUUGUUAUUUUCCUGAGGGAGGUCAUGCCAGGCGACUAAUCAACUAGGAACUAGCUUAAGUUAUUCAGUUCAACCAUUGUUGAUUACUUUUAGUAUCUUAGCAAUGGCUUGACUCUGGCCAGCGCAUUAUGUUAGUGGUUAUGAUGCCUCUUUCAAGCUUAUUAGUAUGGCCUAAUUUAUAUGGUUCAUAACCUCCGAUCAUGUACAACCCAAGGAUACAAUACAAAAGAUAGUGAAAAUGUAUGAGACUCAACAAUACUAGUCCUGAAAUUGUAUCAUCAGUUUUUGCUUUGAGGCAAAUCGUAGACUUUAGUUCUCUCUUCAGUAAACAGGAUUAUGUUGUAACUAUUAGAUGACUGGAAUGAGAUGGGUGAGGGUUUUUCCAAUGGCAGUGCAAUAGUCUGCACUGCAUUUGCCAUUUA